AAGACAGUUCCGGGUUGCUGGGCGUGGCUAUUGGUGGGAUUCGGCGCUGGGUAUUCGGAACUACAUCUUCCAUCGUCCCCAAGCAGGCGGCACAGGCAGAGGGACGCUGGGAGUUGUAGUUCUUGCAACGUCAAUACACCCGGUGUAUGUUUGGAGCGACCGGUUUCGUGUCUCUGGGCUCCGUAUGCUUUUAUCUGCCCCCGCCAUGCUGUGGGGUGAUGGCCUCUUGGCUUCAUUCAGUAGCAUUUUCCUUGUGCUGCUGCUGCUGACUCGGAACCCGCUUCUCACGUCCCUGGUUACGGGCGGUAUCUAUCUGCUGCUGGUUUUCUGUAGGUUCGAGCCGGUGCCCCAAUCCCGGGCCCUGCAGGUGCUGAAACCUAAAGGGAGGGCGGCUACAGUAGCCCAUAGAGGCGGGGGGCACGAUGCUCCUGAGAACACCCUGGCCGCCAUCAGAACCGCAGCACAGAACGGUGCAACUGGAGUAGAACUAGAUUUGGAAUUCACUGGGGAUGGAGUUCCUAUCCUCAUGCAUGAUGAGACAGUGGAGAGAACAACAGAUGGCACUGGGAGACUGCAAGAUCUCACCUUCUCAGAUCUCAAGAAGCUCAAUGCGGCAGCCAAGCAUCGCUUACGGAAUACUUUUGAUGGAGAACACAUUCCUACUCUGAAGGAGGCAGUUAGAGAAUGCUUGCAUCACAAUCUGACAAUUUACUUUGACGUCAAAGGCCAUGCUGAUCAGGCAGCGGAAGCCCUCCAGCAUCUCUAUGUUGAGAACCCAGGUUUAUAUAACUGCAGCAUUGUAUGCUCCUUUGAGCCUUCUGUUAUUAUUAAAAUGAGACAGGCUGACAGAAAUGUUGUUACAGCUCUGACACACAGACCUUGGAGCCUUAGCCACCUUGGAGAUGGCACCCCACGGUACAACACCAUAUGGAAACAUUACUGGUACAUUUUUAUGGAUGUCUUGUUGGACUGGGGGAUGCACAACUUACUGUGGAAUCUUUGUGGAGUCUCCGCUUUCUUAAUGCAGAAGAAUUUUAUCUCCAAAGAAUAUGUGGAGCAGUGGAACUCCAAAGGAAUUGAAGUUGUAGCCUGGACAAUUAAUAAUGCAUCUGAAAAGUUAUAUUAUGAGCAAGUCCUUAACAGUACUUAUAUCACUGACAGCCUGCUGGAAGAUUGCGACCCACACUAUUGACUUCCUGCUCAACCAAAACCAUUUAUCGAUUAGGAAGUUGUAUUACCUGCCCAACCUCUACAUAAGAGCUACAGCUGGAAGGCAUUUACUGUUGGGGACUGAAGUGGCUACAUUAUUUAUAUGUACUUGGGUGAAGCUGCCACCUUACUUUGACGUAACUUUUUUUGCACACUCCGUAUGUGCUGCUGGAAUAAUUUCCUGUGUUUUUACGUUUUUUUUAGUUUUUGGAGCUGAAACUAGAAGAAGAAAGAAUGAGGAGUAAAAAAAAAUAAAUUGAAUCUUGUUCAUUGUACUUGUAAAGAUGAAUGCUAACUUGUGCCUACUGUUGAAAUAAACUAGCACUUAAAGGGGAUCUAUCACAAAAAUCAAAAGGUGAUAUAAGCUUCAUCUCACUGAAAUAACAAACUUAUCAACUGAUCAAUUAAAAAUUGUAUAUUGUUGUGUAUGAAAUAAUUAAGGUUAUCUUCACUAUCCCUCUCUCAGCAUCUUUAGCUCUUUGUUCUCUCUUCAAACAGGAGGCAGACUUUGUUUGACAGGUCUAAUACAUAUUUUUGGGGGGGUUACACCCUAGAUAAUGUUUUAGUUCACUCACUUAUGAGUUCACUCUUUCUGAAUAACCUGAAGAAAUCCUGUCUCUCUGCAUGCAGGAUGUGUGCCAGAGUCAGUUAUUUUGUUUGUGCUGGAUUUGGUUAUUUGAGUGAGCACUAACACAUCAGCUAGGAAAGGGAGCCCCCUAAGAUGUACCUACCUGUCAAUUAAAAACUGUCCCUUUUUUCUGUAUGAAAAGAGAAUGAAGAGAGAGACGGGUUGCUGAGACAAAGAUAUUGAAGAAUAACUUGAUUAUUUCAGAAACGGUACAGAAUUUGUAAUUGAUUUUAUUUAGAAUUUCUUUUUAUUUUCUUGAGACAAAGCUUAUAUUACAUUUUUAUUUUUGCAAUAGUUCCCCUUUAAAGGGACUGGAGUUACUUAUUUGAGCUAUAUCAGGGAUGUAUUUUAGCUGCUGUCUCUCAACUGUUCUUCUAUAGUUCUUCAUAGUUAUUUGGGGUUUAAAAAAGACAACUCUCAAGCUGAAAUUCCAUAUAAAAUAACAUCUACGCAACGAACGCUUUUUAGAGGCAAUAUACAUAAACUGGUAUACACAAGAACAAUGAAUAGAACUAAAUGAAUAGAACUUCUGCUGAAAACACCUUUAAAUCCUUUUAAUUAAUAAUAAAUUAUAUUUUCUAUAGUAAUAUAGAUUUGUUUGUAAUAUAGAGUUUAUUAGAGGUAAUGAGCUCUUUACUCCUUUAUUACUGAUUUGGCUCACAGAUAAGCAGAAGUCCAUUAAGGUGGGGGUUUAUCAGUGCACUGGUAAUCUGAUUAGGUACUUCGCAAGAACCAGGAAGUUCGAAACAUGGAGUAACUUCAAUAAGCAUGUUCGGCCCAAGCUCUUUUCUUUGAACUUGUAUUUAACAAGAGGACUCAGGAAAAUCCAAGCCUGCUGUUUGUUAUUAGUCUACUGCAAAUAGCUAUAAUUAUGUCAGUGGCUUACAGCAUGUGUGUCACUGUAAUAUAUACAGGCGUUCAGGUGUGCUUAAUGGAACAGUAACACCAAUUUAUUUUAACACCUAAUUCGCCCCAGCUAUAGUGAUAGGCAAGGCUUACUUCCCCUUGGAUUUUUUAAAAUCUUCAGCUUGAAUUUGACUUGCAAACUGCUCCCAUAGGCGAAAGGCGAUGGCCACUUGAAUUAUUCUGCGCUGAACCAGAAGUCCGCUUUGCAACGAUGCCCUAAAGCAUGUAAGCUUUUUUUCAGCGUCUGUAGCUUACAUUUAUGUUUUUAUUCCUUUGGACAGCUUUGGGGGUAAUGAGUUGAGCAUAUAUUUAAGCUGUAGAUGCUGAAAAAAAAGCUUAGGUGUUUUAGGUCAUUGGUGCAAAGCUGACAAAGUUAGAGGAAUUUAAGCUGCCGUCGCCAUUUUGCCAUUUUCCUAUGGGGCAAAUUUAAGCUGAAGAUUUAAAAGAAAAAAAUCCAAGAGGAAGUAAGCCUUACCUAUCAUUAUAGCUGUUUUGUGGGGAAUUAAGUAUUUUUUUUACAAAAUGGUCUUAAUGUUCUUUUAAAUGGUGCUUAUAUAGUGACACAAUAAAAUACUAGUUUACAAUUAGCUAUUCUGAUGUAUCUAUUCCUAACAGGGCAAACAGAGUUUCCCAUUAAGCUUGUCUAGAUUUUACAUGAUUGAGGGUCAUUUGGUGCUUUUUAUUCACAGUUUUUACACCUCAAAGCUGGAAAAUGAUUUAUGUACUGAGUAUUACAAUACAUGUUUUACACUUGACUUACUGUAAGAUGAAAAACCCAGACUAAAAGUGUUACCGCUAUUGUUAUUUAUUCUAUGUAAUUAAUGUCGAUAAUCAAAAUUUGCAUUUUUCAUCCUGAUAAUAUAAAUGCAAUUUGCUUAAGACUUUAGCAUCUGGGUCAGUGUUUUUGAGUGUCUUGGCAAUAAAAAAACAAUAUACAGGUCUAUA